UGAGUAGCACCAGCUAUAUACUUCAAAGAGAUUGAGAGUAGUAUUAGUUGUUUUUGAACAUAGUUUUUAUAAUUUUAAAUAAUUUCAAAAUUUCUUACAAAAUUCUAAACCAAAUACAAAUUUUUGCUAACUAUGACUCCAGUGAAUCUGCUCAAGACCAAUUUACAUCAAAUAUUCUCAAUGUGGCCAGCAAAUUUAAUUCUUGUCGAGAUUAUGCUAAAUUUUGUUACAAUUUUCGGUAUAGUCCAUUAUCAAUAUUCGUAUAAUCAACACGAUUUGCUGUAUUGGCGCAAUGAUCUAAUGGAACGACCUCUGGAAUAUCUGCUGUCUAGCUUGGUCCUAAUAAUCACAAUACACAUUAUAGUCUCCUGUCUAGAUUCAACCAUUUUGACCACCUUAGUUCGACGUUAUGUGAAUCGUUGCAAUAAGCCGCGCUUGUACUACGAGGAGCACUAUAGGCGUUUUAUCAUAAUGCGUUUAGUGCAGCAGCUGGAAAUCGCCCUAACUAUGCAAAUGACCGAAGGACGAGAAGAUCAUCAACAUAUUAUGAUGGCUCAGGAGCUGAUUAAACGUGCCGUCAAUGAGUUUCGAGCUUCUGUAAGGAUUCUACUUUGGCCAAAUCGUUCUGAAUUGAUUAUGGAUCCGCAUAUUUUGUAUCAUAUUGAUGAAUCACAGUUGGCCGUACUCAAAUCACUUGGCUAUAGUCUCAGCCGGGUGUCUAGACGAGAUUUAAGCAAUAGUAGCAUCAGAAGAAUGCUUAAUCCUGCCGGACAUUGAUGAUGAAAACGAAAAAGUUACGCCAAAAUAAGUGAAUGUAAUUAGCAAAACAAAUUUGUAUCCCAAAUUAUAUUGUUCUUUAUAUGUUGGUGCUUAAAAUAGAAUACAAAAUUACAUAAUUCAAUCACAAUAAAAAACAAAAUCCAAAAAGUUGUCUACAGAA